CCCCUAGGAUGAUUUUAAAGAAAAAAAAUUGUGAAGCUUAUAAAAGGAAAGAUUAUAUCUUUUUAUGGACUUAAUUUGUUAAAUAUACAAGAAUUUUUCUAUUUUGGGUUUAUGUGUACAUUUUUAUAAUAUUGAUGACAUUACCAUUCCUACAAGUAUUCAUUUUUUUAUUUUUUUAUCAAGGCAUCUUUGUUAGAUUUUUAUUUCAGCAUUACCAAAUAGUAUUUGUGAAUUUAAAUUCAGAAACAGCCCAUUACUUGUUAUUUGUGUAAAUAAAUAUAAUUUACAGAUGGCUAGCUUUUUAUUAUUAUAGGUCCAGUAGGCCUUUCCUCCAAAAUGUGACUAUUGUAUUUUUCCCCCUACAUUUUAAAUAUAUAACACAUCAUUCAUAUGUUGAGUAGCUUACUUGUGUAAUACUGCUCAUAAAGAAAAUAAUCUGUGAAAGAUUAAAUAGGUAUGUUUCACUUAUUCUCGAUUACUUGGAAUGUUUGUUGUUUUUUUUAAACCACGUUUCUGUAUAUCUGUUUUAUUUGUACACAUAUUUUUUUUGUUGUUGUUAUUAACCGGCGUCAAAAGAAGCGCAUGCGACCUGAAGAUGUCGCCAUUGCGCAAUGCGUUCCAUCAAAGACUGUUCUAUGGUGCUUGGCUCUGUUACCAUAGCAACAUAAAGCGUGAAACAUGGAGGAGCUUCAGAAUCGAUAUUUAUCUGUAUGCGCUGAAGUUCAGCAGCCUCCAAAUACAUGUGUUUUGGAAGUCUUGGAAGACAACAUUAGUAGUGAUGGCUCACUCAAACUAACCGGUAAUGAUCAACUAAAGCAUGGAGACAGGUUGACAGAUGACGGUAUGCUGGUCUUGUCAAAAACACUCAUGGGAAAUUCGGCAAUAAAGGGUUUAGAUCUUAGAUACAACAAUAUCACAGAUAAAGGAGCUGUUUAUGUCGCACAUCUCAUUCAGGAGAGUGAGUCCCUUCAGUCUCUUGAUCUGAUGUGUAAUAACAUUGAGGCAGAUGGUGCAGAAGCCAUAACAAAAAGUUUGCACAAAAAUAAAAGUCUGAAGAUGCUCAGAAUGACAGGAAAUAAGAUUGGAAACAAAGGUGCCAUGCAACUGGCUGCUAUGUUGCAGAUCAACUCUACUUUAGAAGAAUUAGACAUCUCAGAUUGUGAUUUGGCUACACAAAGUGUAAUAGCAUUUGCCAUCGUCCUUAAGAACAACAGAAGAAUCCGUGCUAUUAAUGUUAGUCGACCUCUUCUUUUCAGUUUUCAGGAGGAAACAACAGUCCAUAUGGCACAGAUGCUGGUGGUGAAUAAGACACUGAGGGAGCUGCACUUGGGAAAACAUGACAUGACUGAUACUGGUGUGGAGAGGCUGUGUGAAGCACUGAAGUUAAACGUCUCUCUACGCUACUUGGAUCUUCGCUGUAACAGAAUCACACGAGAUGGAGCCAAAUGCUUAUCAGAGGUUUUGAAACAAAAUCCGUCUUUGGAGAUUCUAGAUCUGUCUUCCAAUCGCAUUGAAGACGAUGGUGCUGUGUAUCUAAGUGAAGCGAUCAAGCUGCCACACAGCAAACUCAAAGCAUUGUCUGUUACAAGCAACAACAUUGGAAAGGAAGGUCUUAUGUCCCUCAGUGAGGCAAUGAAAGUGAAUUCCUGUCUCACACACAUUUACAUCUGGGGGAACAAACUUGAGGAGCCAGUUUGCAUGGCUUUCUCUCGGCUGAUAAGCAGUGGGCGGCUGUUGGAGGAGCACACAGAUGUUUCUCCCUAUGAGGUGGACGAUCAUGUUUUUCUAGCAGAAGCAUCUCAUGGUUUACGCAGGCAUUACUAUUGGACGUCCAGAUAUGGGGAAUAUGGAGACUCAAGUAAUUCAGCUCUGACCCUGAUGGCAUCAGAUUCAUUGGCUUUGCAGAUCUACCCAGACUCACAUUCAUGAUUCAGGAUUUUGUCCAAAAUGC